AUGCUGGGUGCAUUGGUGCUCAUUGGUGGUGUAGUUUUGGGUUUGACUUCAGUUGCAGAUGCAGCGCUGCAGCGACCAUUGCUGACUCCAGCUUCCCCCAAGCUCGACGGGCUCUUACAGUUGGAGCACCCGUUGUACGCCAACUAUAGCGUGCGCGUGACAGAGUCUCAGUUCUGCGACGGGGUAACUCGAGUAUACACCGGCUACAUCGAUCUUGAAGCAAAGCACCUCUUCUUCUAUUUCUUCGAGAGUAGACGCGACCCUGCUUCGGACGACGUCGUUUUAUGGCUCAAUGGUGGUCCCGGAGGGUCAUCUGCUCAUGGCCUCUUUAUGGAGAAUGGACCUUGUAGAAUGGCCGGUCCGAACGGCACGGAACGCUUCGAGCACUCUUGGAAUGACUUUUUGAAUACGCUCUACUUGGAUCAACCCGUUGGCACAGGGUUUUCGUAUGCCGAUCAUGGCGAAUACGUGAGCUCGACCUAUGAAGCCUCGAAGGACAUCGCUGCAUUUGUCGCAAUAUUCUUCCACCACUUCGACAACCUAAAAGGCAGAAAAUUCCACAUGACGGGAGAGUCGUACGCGGGACGAAUGAUACCAGUUUUCGCCGCCGCUGUACAUGACCAAAAUGCCCGCCUAGUGAAGGCUGGUCUUGCACCAAUCAACCUCGACUCUAUCGUCCUCGGAAACGGCUGCACAAACUUCAUGAUCAUGACGUUGUCUUACUAUGACAUCCAAUGUGAAUAUCAACAAGAUUACGGAAUUCCGCCCAUUCAAACAGCGCAGGAAUGUUCAAGGAUCAAGCAGCUCGUUCCCCGCUGUGAACGCAGACUGAAGACCUCUUGCAUCGACACGUAUGACAAGACAGACUGCUUGGCCUCCCUGUCGUUUUGUGCCGAUGCAUUCAAGGACUUCUGGGCGAAAGAUGAUGGGUACAACCCCCAUGAUCGCACUCUGCCAUGCAAACCGUACAUGGGGAUGGAUGAAUGCUAUCCCAUCAUCAAAGACAUUAGCGCGUACCUCAACAACCCUACGACACAAGCCACGCUCGGAGUCGACCUUGCCCACUCCACCUUCGUCGCGCACAACGGCUCCGUGCAGGCGAUGUGGGAGGCGAACGCGGACCGGGUGUCCUUCCGCGCCGAGGACGCGAUCGGCGCGCUGCUCGACCGCGGCGUGCGCGCGCUCGUGUACGUCGGGGUGAACGACUUCGUGUGCAACUGGGCGCGUCUCUCUUCCAUCGGCACGGAGCGCAUGACUCUGGGCGUCGAGUGGGCCCAGCAGGAAGCGUACCGGCGCGCGCCGGUGCGAGACUGGCGCGUUGGGGACGUAGUGGCAGGCAAAGUGCGCAGCGGGGGCGGGAUGACGUUCGCGACCGUUCUGGAUGCCGGGCACUUGACCCCGCACGACCAACCUGUCAGAGUGCUAGAAGUGGUCAGAAAGUGGUUGCUCAACGGCGAUAUGUGA